AACCACAAGCCGCCGUUGAACAAAACUCCUGCACAUCGCUUUCUUGUCUACCCGCUCGUCACCCUCUCCCACCCACCCACGCUUUUGCUCACUCACACCCGUCAUACCAGCUUUUCUUCCCACCACACUUUACCAUGGGUUACGAAGACUCCGUUUACCUGGCCAAGCUGGCCGAACAGGCCGAGCGUUAUGAGGAGAUGGUUGAGAACAUGAAGGCUGUCGCCUCCGCAGACCAGGAGCUUUCCGUCGAAGAGCGAAAUCUUCUUUCCGUUGCUUAUAAGAACGUCAUCGGUGCUCGCCGCGCGUCCUGGAGAAUCGUCACCUCAAUCGAACAGAAAGAGGAGUCCAAGGGCAACGAGACCCAGGUCACCCUUAUCAAGGAGUACCGCCAGAAGAUCGAGGCCGAAUUGGCCAAGAUCUGCGAGGACAUCCUCGAGUGCCUCGAUGGCCACCUGAUCCCCUCUGCUGAGAGCGGCGAGUCCAAGGUUUUCUACCACAAGAUGAAGGGCGACUACCACCGUUACCUUGCCGAGUUUGCCGUUGGUGACAAGCGCAAGACGUCUGCCGACAAGUCCCUUGAGGCUUACAAGGCUGCCACUGAUGUUGCUGCCUCCAACCUUGCUCCUACCCACCCCAUCCGCCUCGGACUUGCCCUGAACUUCUCCGUUUUCUACUACGAGAUCCUCAACUCGCCCGACCAGGCUUGCCAGCUCGCCAAGCAGGCGUUCGAUGACGCCAUUGCUGAGCUUGACACUCUCUCCGAGGAGAGCUACAAGGACUCUACACUCAUCAUGCAACUCCUCCGGGACAACCUUACCCUCUGGACAUCGUCCGAGGCUGAGCCUUCCGGUGACGCGCCCGCCGCCGAGCCCGCUACCGACGCGCCCAAGGCUGAGAGCAGCGAGGCUCCCGCUGACGCCAAGGCAUAA